AACCAGGGUUUAGGAAGAAAAAUUCAUUGCAAUAAUUUAGUUUCUUUGGAAAAAUAAAAUUUGGGCCGGAUAAUUUCGGACACCAAAUGGGCCUUGGUAGGUGGGCAAAGUCUAUGGAAGCAAACUGUUCAAAAAGAAAUUUCUGUAAAUUUUUUUUUAAACUCAGAAGCCGUUUCAUAGAAAAAAAAAAAAAAACUGGCCUUUCUCACAGCAAAACCCUCAUGACACCCUUCCCUCUGCAACUAACAAAGCAACCUCAACAACAAAAAGCCUUAAACAAUGCUAAGCUGUAGCAGAAGCUUACUGUCCCAAACCAUUAAAAGGAAAACCAAAACCAAAGCUAAGAACAAAACGAAAACCAGACUAAAAACCAACAAAAAUAUCUCUAGAAAACAAAAAUUCAUUGCCAAAAACCAGCAGCUUGAAGAUAAUGAAGAAGAAGAAGAAGAAGAAGGAUUCAACCUCAAAUCCUCAGCCCCAUCACAUUCUCAUGGGGUUCAGCCAUUGGGAAACCUUUAUUUCAACCCAGGUUCUAUUAAUUCAAGAAACACUGGCUUAGGUAAUCUUCAAAUCCUGUCUGAUGAGCUUGUUCUGGAAAUUUUAGGCCUUUUGGAAGGAACCCAGUUAGGAGUUUUAGCUACCGUUAGCAAAUCCUUUUAUGUUUUCACUAGCCAUGAACCCCUUUGGAGGAAUCUUGUAUUGGAUAAUCUAAAAGGAGGAUUUUUGUAUAAUCGGUCAUGGAAAGUUACCUACAUUUCUACUUUUUGCCCUUCAUUUGAUGUUUCCUGGAAUAGCCGUUUUUCUGGACUGAGAGUAAAGGAUUUUUAUUCUGAUUAUUUGUUUCAAAGUUGGUUAUGUGCUAAUCUUGAAAUGAAACCAGAAUGGCUUGAAAGAGAUAAUAUAAUUCGAAAAAGAGGGAUUAGUUUGGAUGAUUUUGUGGUGACUUUUGAAGAACCAAAUAGGCCAGUUUUGUUGGAAGGGUGUAUAGAUAAUUGGGAUGCAUUGGGAAAGUGGGAUAGAGAUUAUUUAGUUAAUUUAUGUGGUGACGUUCAGUUUUCAGUUGGACCAGUGAAGAUGAGACUAGAAGAUUAUUUUAGCUAUUCGGAUCAAGUAAAAGAAGAGAGGCCCUUGUACUUAUUUGAUCCAAAAUUUGCAGAAAAAAUUCCUAAUUUAGGUUCGGAGUAUGAAGUUCCAGUGUACUUCAGAGAGGAUUUGUUUAGUGUUUUGGGCAAAGAGAGGCCAGACUAUAGGUGGAUUAUAAUUGGACCAGCUGGGUCUGGUUCAUCCUUCCAUAUUGAUCCUAAUUCGACAUCUGCUUGGAAUGCGGUGAUCAGAGGAACCAAGAAAUGGGUUUUAUUCCCUCCUGAUGUGGUUCCUCCAGGGGUGCACCCGAGUCCUGAUGGAGCGGAAGUGGCAUGUCCUGUUUCAAUAAUUGAAUGGUUCAUGAACUUUUAUGGUGCAACAAAGAAUUGGAAAAAGAGACCUAUUGAGUGUAUUUGUAAGGCUGGUGAAGUUAUCUUUGUGCCCAAUGGAUGGUGGCAUCUAGUAAUUAACCUAGAAGAAUCCAUUGCCAUUACACAAAACUAUGUUAGCAGGAGAAAUUUGUUGAACGUUCUAGAUUUUCUUAAGAAGCCAAAUGCUAGCGAGCUUGUUUCCGGGACAAGAGACAGAAUAAAUUUGUAUGAAAAGUUUAAGAAUGCUAUAGAGGCAUCUUUCCCUGGAACAAUUGAUGAACUGACACUGGAAGCAGAGGAGAAAAAGGCCCAGCAGAAGAAAAUGUCUUUCUGGGAUUCAGUGACUGAUUCAAAGGUAGGUGCUUUCAAGUUUUCUUUCUAAAGGAACAACCGUCAAGGCCACCAGAGAAUGACAAGAGAAAAGUAUGAAUUAUUCAAAACAGUUUUGACAUUAAUUAAUUUUACCAUGUUGUACUUCAAUUCUUUUCUAUAGUAACUUUGAGGAGACAUACCAUUUAAGGACUUCCAAUCAUGGCUGGUAAGUUGUGUUUUAUCUUUUAAAAAAAAAUUGAAGUGUCGAAACAAUGAGAAAAAGUUUGAAAGGCACAUUCAACGUAUCACGGGUCUACGUUUUUAAUUCUUGGGUUAGAAACAUGGACGUAUCCUUGUGAGAGAUAUCAGAAUUGAGAUGGUUCGGAUCAAAGUGAGAGUAAAAGAGUUUAUGCAAUAAGAGCGUUGCACAAUUAGAUGUGGAAAAUGUCAUUGGUCUCGCUUCUGUAAGAAAAAAUGGUAUUGAAAUCUAUAAAAGAUGAGCCUUCUUCUAUUAUAUCUUU